UUUAUUUUAUAUAUGUUCCAGAUCUUUCUGUCUUUUGUGUAACUCACUGCUUUGUAGACUCAUUUUUUAAAACCAUCUAAUCGUUAUUCUAUGUCAAAUUCAAGUGGCCGGAAACGUAAGAUUUGGGGUAGGUCCUCUGCUUUCAGUUUUCGAAAGCUCCCGUGGCUGUACAGGAGGUUGUGGCGAAAUAGUCACAUGUCUGAUAAAGAUUCAUCUGUUCCUCAAAGAUGUAGCAAUUUUGUUGAAGAUAAAAAAUUCGUGCCAAGUCCAUCGAUGGUGCGUCAUGGGUACAGUAGGAACUCUAAAAAUUCACAUAGUCGUCAUCAAGAAAGUCGGUUGGAAGCGAAAAUCUCGAACAGUGUAAUGAUGAUUUUCAUGAUUCUCUCAGAAGCUCCGAUGAUGAUGACCACACUUCACCAAUGGAUUAUAUCAUAUUUCCUGUGUCCAGCUGUGAUGCAAAUAAAAAGGAAGUGCCUCGAAUACUGUCAGUCAGUGGAUCACCAAGCAAGCUACUCACUGAACAAAUAGAGGGACGUCGUCCACUCCAUUCAAGAAUAAACAUUUUCAAAAACUACGUAAUUGAUUCUAAAUGUACCAAUAAUCAUAAUGUUUCUACUAGUAAUGGAGAAGCAUCAUCGCAUCAUGGAAGUUUUAAUGGUCGGAAUCAAAGAACAAUUAGAAUAUCAGAAACUGAAGAUGACUCUGUGCAAUUCGUAAAGGAGAUCAAGACAUCUCCAAGUGGUUCACCUGGACCAAAACCACUUAGAAAAAACAGGCCUCUCCCAAUCAAAAACAAACUAAAUGGAGAAAAAAGCCAAGUCAGGAUGAAUCACAAUGUAAUAAUUCCUGCAAUACGUCUAGUCAUUCAACGCCUGAAAUCGAACAUAAUAAAGUUUUGCAACUAGUGGAAAAUCAAUGCAACGAUGGAACAAAACACAAUAUUGAAAUUUUAUCAAUCUUUGAUGCAGAGGAUAUUAUAGUCCCAUCACCGUCAAAUAUAUCAUCAAACUCAUUAUAUACUUCUGCGAUGCAAACUUCUGAUAGGGAAGUUAAUGACAAAAGUGAUGAUGAUGAUGUAAUUGUUGUCCCAACCGAAAACAAUGAAAACCCGGACAUUGAUUAUCCUACUUUGAAAAGAAUUAUAAACAUUUCUGAUGCAAAAGAUAUAACAGUCCCAUCACCGUCGAAUAAUAUGGAUAUUUCUUCGAACUCAUUUAAUACCUCUGCGAUGCAAACUUCCGAUAUGGAAGUUGAUGAAAAUAGUGAUGAUGAUGACAUAAUUGUUGUUCAAACCGAAAACAAUGAAAAUCAGGACAUUGAUUACCCUACUUUAAAAAGAAUUAUAAACAGUAUGGUAAGUCAUUUUAUAGAAGAAAAUCCUGGAAAUGAAGUAACUCCUCAUUACAUAAUACAACGAUUAAAAGCUCUUUAUCAUAAAGAUUUCUCAAACAGGUUGCAGGAAAUCAAAUAUUGUAUUGGGAGAUCGAAUGAACAAUAUAUUUCAAGAAAAAAAAUGUUGCGAGAAAUACGACCUGGUGUUAGAAAAUCAGAUAUUAUAACAUUGUACUCAGACAACUGGCUCAAUGAUAUAAUAAUAAAUCAAUACAUGUCAAUAUUGAUACAGAAUAAUAAGAAUUAUGGUGCAAUCAGCAGCUUUUGGCUUGAAGAAUUAUUAAGACGGGUAGAGCCAAGCCUUCCUCACAAUUGGGAUAAAAUGAAAUGCAUCCUUGCGCCAACCUGUGUCGAAUUUCAUUGGAGUUUACUUUGCUACUAUCCUGAAAAAUACAAUGUUGUUAUAUAUAGCUCACUAUCAGUGUGUAAGACUGUGUUGGCAUGUGCAUCUAAGCUGCUCAAUUUCUUCAAUAACAAGCAAGGAAAGGAAGGUAGAUGCUUGAUACGAAAAGAUUUACCUCGACAAGAGAAUGAACAUGAUUGUGGAGUCUAUGUUUGUAUGUUCGCAAGAUGCGUUGUGUUUGGCAAUACGUUUGACAUUGAACCCGCACAAGUAUGUGCAUUCAGAAAAUGGCUCAAAAACGAAAUCGUUCAGGGAAAACUUUUUGAGAGUAAAGAAGAAGUGACUACUGAAGAAUAUUCAGAUUCUGAAAGCGAAGAUAAUGACGAAGAGUAGCACUCAUUAUUUGUGUUAUGGUUUGAAAAAAAUUUCAUAAUCGUUGAUAUUUUACUUUCGGGAGUUCUUUUGCUUUCAAAAAUAAAAGUUCUCUUUUGUAAAAUCCAUGAUCACACACCAUUCUUUUAUAUUAAAAUGCAACAUCACCUAAUCUUGCAUAUUUAUUUAUUAGUGCUUUCUUUUAUUAUAUUUAUAGCACCUUCAUUUUUCAAUUUGAUCAAAAAAGUUGUCAUGGAUAUAACAUUAUUUCUAUAGUUUUAUUGUUGGUUGGUUAAACCGGAGAGGCAGAAAGUUUUGACAAAAUUCUCUAUUACAGAUUUUAAAAAUACGGUAAAACAUUUAUUCAAUGUGAUACUCCAUGCAGAAUUGGUAUUGCUUUGCUCAGGUUGCUUUAGACUGGCACUGCCCUCCAUUUUGAGUUGCUGACUCUCACAUCAUGGUCAUUUCAGCAGUUUGAAAAUGGGCAGGUUUUCAAGUGGCAUGCAUGUAAUCUUUGAUGCUCAAUCUCUUACCUUUUAUGUUGUUCUAAAUUUUGUGUGGCUCUGUUGUGUUUUCACCCCUAUUUUUUUUCCUUUAUCUCAUGUUAUUUUAUUGGUUACGUAUUUGUUGAUUAGAUUAUUUCAUCGCACUUUUCAGCAAAAUUGCUUUAUAAAAUGCACACAACGAUUUGUGGCCGUUUUUGGUGAGAUAUGUUGGUCGUUUGGAGAAACACAGUGUAAAGUUGAAAGUAUGAAGAACUGUUUUUGCAAUCUGUAUUGCAACUUUCACUA